GUGACGCGCUCCGAUCCUGCGCUUUUGUGAUGCUAAACAACUGCAGGUCAUCAGGAUUCCUCCUCCCUCAGACCUCCAGAACAGCACAGCGACUCAAUCUAGACAUUUGAAAAGUUGUUAAAGCCCCGAAACACCGAGGGACCGUGCAUUAUCUGUGCAUUAUUUUGUUGGGCAGCUCAUUUUCCCACUGCUUUUAACCAGUCGUAGAUUGUUUUUCGUUUUCCUUUACCAUACAUAUUUUGAUCUACUGGUAGUUUAUUUUCAUUUUCGUCAUAAUGUUGUUAGAGCAUCCAGGAUCAAGCUGUCAAAAUGCUGGAAAUUACAACAGAUACAGCUCGAGUCAAGAUAUUCCGGUUUGCGCGGGCUGUAACCAGCACAUCGUGGAUCGUUUUAUCCUGAAGGUUUUAGAUCGACACUGGCACAGCAAAUGUCUGAAAUGCAACGACUGUCAGUCUCAGCUGGCCGACAAAUGCUUCAGUCGAGGCGACAGUGUCUACUGCAAAGACGACUUCUUCAAGAGAUUCGGGACCAAGUGCGCCGCGUGUCAGCAGGGCAUCCCGCCGACACAGGUGGUCCGGAGGGCGCAGGAUUUCGUGUAUCACCUGCACUGCUUCGCCUGUAUCGUCUGUAAGAGGCAGCUGGCCACAGGUGAUGAGUAUUACCUGAUGGAGGACAGUCGACUGGUGUGUAAAGCCGAUUAUGAGACCGCCAAACAGAGAGAGGCGGAUUCGACAGCAAAACGCCCGCGCACAACAAUCACCGCCAAACAGCUGGAGACGCUGAAGAACGCUUAUAAUAACUCACCGAAACCCGCGCGACACGUACGGGAGCAGCUGUCCUCAGAGACCGGCCUGGACAUGCGGGUGGUGCAGGUCUGGUUUCAGAACAGAAGAGCAAAGGAGAAAAGACUGAAAAAAGAUGCAGGUAGGCAGAGAUGGGGUCAGUACUUCAGAAACAUGAAGAGGUCACGUGGCAGCUCCAAAUCAGACAAAGACAGCACUCAGGAAGAGGGCAUGGACAGCGAUGCUGAGGUCUCGUUCACAGACGAGCCGCCCAUGUCAGAGCUGGGUCACUCCAACGGCAUUUACAGCAGUCUGAGUGAAAGCUCUCCGUCUCUGAGUCGUCAGGGUGGAGGUCAUCCGCCCUUCCCGCUGGAGCACGGCACCAUCAUGCCCUCACAGGAGCAGUACCACGACAUCCAAGCCAGCAGCCCCUACAGCCUCCCGCAAUCUCCAGGCUCACUACAGGCUCUUCCCAGACACCAGCCCCUCAUCUCCAGCCUGGUCUACCCAGAGUCUGGCCUGCCCAUGGUAGGUCAGAGUGGAGGCCAGAACAUGACUCCAGGGGUUCGCAUGAUAGGCGGGGGAAACGGGCCGUGCUCUGAUUUGUCCACGGGAAGCAGCGGUGGCUACCCGGACUUCCCUGCAAGCCCGGCGUCCUGGUUGGAUGAAGUGGAUCAUGCCCACUUCUGAUAGUUUUGAAGAUGCACAUUUGGAAAGAGACCUAGAGCAGAUCUCCACUAGUGGACAGGGAUUAGAGAGCGGAUGAACCUUGUAUCUUCUCUAUUAAUGGCAGAAGAGUUGGAAAUCAAUUAGCGAUGGACCUAAGACUUGACCUGAAAAGUCUCGGCUUUGGACUUCUGUUUGGUUCUACAAGGACACAACAUUGAGAGGAGAGCUUUCACCAACUAUUGGAGCUUUUCACCAACUUUUUCCAUACC